AUGACGGGUCAUCCUAACUUCUGCAAGGACUGGCACAGGAUUGUUUCAUACCAAAUCCAGUCCUACGUUUUAAAAACUCCGUACGGUGCGGUGUGGGGCCUUCGGAGGCGCUAUUAUGGGUCUAUCGACAAGAAUAACAAAGCUUUAGUGAAGAACAUCACGAUCUUCGAUAUGGAUGGCAUUGGCUGGCAAUGGUUCGAUAAGAGUACCGGUGAAGCUGGUUACACCACCGUGAUUGCGCCAGACAGCAAGUGCUGCUGGGACACCUUCAGCGACCAGUUCGCAGCGCGCAACUACACCAUCACGGGCCCCUCGGGAACAACAGGACCAUGGGAUUACUACGGGCUGAGAUACGAGCGGGACGAGCUGUGCGAGAAGUCACCGCCGUACAUGCCCAGGGCGAUGGGCCCCAGGCCGCCAAUGCCGCCGGCGGCUCCGAAACCACCAGAAGCCCCAGAUGCUCCUCCCUUUAACCCAAUUCCACCGGGGAAUUACACGACCCCAACACGACCCCCUUACUUUCCACCCCUGCCAAAACAUUCGCCGUUGAGACCUUGGGCUCCUCCACAACCGGGGAAACCACCAAGCUUUCCCGGAAAAUGGGCUGGCGCAUGGGCCCCUCAUCACCAUCACUAUCUCCUGAAACUGCAUCGUUUCCAAACCGUUUUCACCUUUCUCGCUCUGCAACCAGCAUCACCCGCAUCUACAGAAGCCAAAUGCGACCUUUCUGCCAAGCAAGCCAGCUUUACCGUGCCUAGAAUCUCUAGGGGGACCUUUUACAUCGCCAUUUCAGUUAUCGGCCAGUCCAAUUUACUGUACUGUAAGACCUGCGGCUGCAGUGUCAUGUAUGCGGUUCUUGCACGCGGAGUGUCAUCGCUCUACUUGUCGUCCUCUUCUGCGGCCCAAGUAAAGCAGGCAAAUGUAAGUGAUGGUGAUGGCAGCAGUAUCGGUGUUACAACCAGCAGCAGUAACACAGCAACCAGCAGGAAAUUUCCAAUUGGGAAGCUUAUGACGGGCAUCAGCACUGAUAGCGUCACUGAUAGUGGGCCCAUCAUCGGAAAGGAAGCAAUUAUUCCGCAUGAGCAGCAUGAGCAGCAUGAGCAGCAACUGAUCCCAGCAGGCAACCCCGAUCACGGGGUUCGCCGUCGAGCAGCGGCAACAGCAUCCGAUCUUCCUUCCCUGGAGGACCUUAUAAUGCAAGAUGGAAAUUCAACAACAAACACAACACGGACGGACGGGACUGUGUUGCAGGAGAUGGCGACGAACGGCACUGGAAAAGGUGUGGACAGCCUUGCUGCGGCGUGGCGAAUGCAGCCUGGAUCCAGCGGCGACUACCUCCUCCGAAUACAAGUCGCUGGAUCUGUUUGGUGGCGAUGGGUCGUGGUGGACAUUGAUCCUCCAUAUGCUACUGCGCAGCUUUCCGUUUCCAAGACCACGGUGACACUUGAAAACCCGUUGAUGACCGGCGAAGUAACACCACUGCGGUACAUGCUCGUACAAUUUACUACGUCCGAGCCUGUACAGCAGUUUGACCUGGGUUCGACUUUGCAGUUAUCUGAAAGUAUGACCCUUCUUAGCGCACAAUGCUUCAAGUCAUCAAAGGCAGCGUCAGAAAUAGCGAAGGCGGCGACAACCAUAACAGUGGCCACCGUUGCAGCGCCGCUGCCCCCUGAAGCAGCCCCUGCUGCCGGCCUACCGCCACCUACGCUGGCAGCGGCAGCCCUGCCUAAUAAAAUCCAUGUCGGACUUCUGGACACGUUUGGCUUGCCGUAUGUACAGUCCUGCUUGGCAGUGGUCUAUGCUUCCGAGGGCAGUAAGCUGACGAUCACCCUGCCAGAUGGUACCAUUAAAGACUUGGCAGGCAACCCGAGCUCCAGGUUGCUUCUCCUGGAGACCGAACUUACAGAAGCAACACUGGGCUCAAGCACAAGCGCAAUUCGUGGGCCCGCGGGUAGCCUAGUCAGCAACAUCAUUACAAGUGCUACCGUUGCCGCUGCCUCGGCUUCCUCCUUCUCGGUCCUGUCAUCGCGCUUAUCAAUGCUACAGAGUGCAUACCAUAUCCAGAUUCUGGCAAUGACUGCUAGCCUGGCAUCACCAGGAGUGAGCUUACGUUACCGCCAAGUCGCCGGCGGCCUGCGAUGGUCUGUUGCAGGCAUCAAGGGCAACAUCCCAAUCCUUGACAGCGCCUUCGGCAACAACCCCAGGGAUGUCGACACCACGGAGCAAGCUAAUGCAGCACUGGGUGUUAACCUGCAGUCCAUUUCUGCUGGCUACAAUGAUACCGAAGUCCGUGCAGAUGCUCCCUCAGCAUGGCCAGCAUCACCAGAAGUACGACAACCGGUGGCCGCGUUUGAAGCGUCCAUACUCCGAAGUGCACUAGUGCGACGUUCCUUGGUAUCGGCAUUGCCUGUACAGGCGCCUUCGCCACCUUUGGAAACGCCCCAGAUGCCCCUGAACGAAAUGGCAGAAGUGCAAUCUAUCUCACCAAUGUUAACAUCAGCCGAUCGUACCGCAUCCCCCACCCCAUCCGAUGAUGAGGCGUACGGUAUAGCCGCGCUGCUUUCAUGGCUACAAAGCAUGUCGGAGUUUGAUCCUGAAAACGGCAGCAAUGUGACUAGCUUGUACAUUAUUGGAGGGGCAGCUAUCAAAAAUGGCAGCGUGGCGGCUGUGGACCCCAGAGGGCGAGGAGUAUUUGUAAAUGGCAGCUUUGGUCUUGGUAAUUCGACGGCAGGAGAAUCAUCAAGCGUUGGCGUACCUGCUAAUCCAAGCUCCGCUAAGCCUAUUAUCCAGAUCGGCACACAGGAUAUAGUGUACACGCUUUGCACCGCAGCGAUUCUCAUGGGUGGCUUGCUGAUAGGCCACCUUGCGGCGAUCCUGCUGUAUCGGGCAUGCAUCGGGCAGAAAUUACCCACUCCACUCCAUUUUCCACGUCUCGAGCUAACUCUGGCUGGCCCGCUGCUGGUGGCCAUCACAUUUUAUGCAAGCCUCACACUCGGUUUAACAGCUAAAAACUGGAACAAGAGCCGCAUUAUUGCGUUACUUGUUCUUCUAUUAAUUGUAUUCCUGUACAUUUUCCCUAUGUGGUGGCUUACAGUAUGCCGCUGGUAUCUCAGGGAGCGAUCUGACAGACCGACAGACGCUCCAGCUGCAAACAUUACUGGACCGCACUGGAACCCGGUGCCGGCUGCUGCUGAUGGUCCUGCUGCUGAUAAGCCGAGCCAAGACUCUCUGGGAAUGGGAAAAGAGUUCAACGGCCCAAGGUACAACACAUCUGAUGAUCAAGAGGUGCAGCAAAACGAUGGCGAUGGCUCUGCACGGAACAGCGGUCGCUUGUAUAGCCCGUUGGAGCCUCAUGCUGGGCAUAUGGGAGGCAAGGUGGAGGUUUCAUCUCCACGUCGUCGGCCAUUCAGCAGCAUCAUGCAGCCAUUGGCAGGGGCAUCAGCAGUGGCUAGCAGUACCUCGGCGCAGGAGGAUGGCUUAGAUGGUGGCAGAAGCUGUCACGAACCGAGCAAACGAAAUGAGCUUUCAGAGGAGGUUGACGCGAAUCAAAAGAUCUUACCCAGACACAGACUGUCAUCUAUUAAACUUCCCCUCAUUAAUUUGCCAAAAAAGGAUACUAGGGACAGCAGCCUUGGUGCCUCCCCAAUAAGCCAUCAUCAAGAGGAACAAACCGAAGACGAGCAGAAGGUCCCGUACGUCAGCACGGCGACCUUUGUCCAUGAACAACAACUUGCCGAUAAUAAGGUUAAUAUGCCACGAGCCUCAGGUGGAAGCACCGAGGCGGUGAAGGUGGAGGCGGAAGGGCCUGCUGGACAAGAGACGCAGCAGGAUACCACCGGGAGGUCCGACCAUGCAUUGAUGACUUCGCCUGCCGUUGGCAAGUCCAAAAAUGAGGGUAUGGAUGCUAGUGACAACAUGUCUGGCAGUGCUGGAUUUGGUCCUCCUGAUCAUCAGGUCAAGGAGGUUGGUAUGAUCUACGAAAGCUCCAUCAUAAAGCAUAAACUGCCGCCCAUCAGCUUGGCAACAAGUCACAUAAGAGAGAGCACGCUUGCCUCCUUUAAUGGCAGGAGCAAGCGUGAGGGAUCCAUGCAACCAGAGCAUGGAGCAGCAUAUGACAGCUCGGCGGCUACUUGUGGGCGGCCACGAUUUCCUAACAUGCCUGACAUAGCGCAAAUGGCAGAAGCUCCGUUACGAGAACGCAUUCAACCAUCGGCCCUGCAGUACAAGGGAAAAGUCCAUGCCGCAGUAACUCAGUCCUCUUCCAAGUCCUCUGGGUUAUUGGGUGAGGCCCCAUCCUUGCAGCCAAAUGGCUCCACUGUUGCGGAUAUGGAUGCGUACAAGGGUCCAGCAGCUGCAUUGAGUCCGGGAUUGGUCCCCAGUGAGUCUGUGCUGGAUAAGCCUGAUGUAGCCGACAACAAGUGCCCAAAACGAGUUGCGAAAUGCAGUUUACUUCCUCGUGAUGACAAGGACCGCUUGGAUGCUGUCACAGAAGAUCUUGACUCCGAAACCAUCUCAUCACACCAAGGCCGUGGACUCUGUCAGCAAAGCCAGCUAUUGCAUACAGGCAGAGCCACAGAGCCCAGAGCCGACAACUCUGCUGGUCACACGAUCAAGUCUACGGAAAACUCAUUCAUUGAAGAGGAUGCCACGCAUGAUGGUACCUUGCCUUCACCAACAGGCACAAUGCCUUCACCAACAGGCACAUCAUCAACGACACUGAAGCAGCAUCGUAAAUCUCGGCCAUUAAGUGCGCUGUACAACAAGGCACAUGCCCCCACCGGGAAGGUACAAGAUGCGCCGGACACCGGCAGCGACACUAUCAGCAAGCCCCUCAUCCAAGAGUUUCCUUACAUGACGUCAUUGGUGAAGUCAAGUGCCCGAAAAACGUCAAGCGGUGCUGCAGUGCUUGUUAGUCCACACAACUCUACUGCCAACGCACACAUCUCACGGGAUGGAAACUCUAGGAAACGGACCGCAUCAUCGUUUGUGCGCCCAAUGCCUCCACCCAGCAGUUCUCCGUCCAGCAAGAUUUCCUGGCAGGGUGCUUUCCCAGCAGGCAUCCGAGAGCCUGCUGGGGUUCCUCCGCCAAGCUUCAUCGUGACACCCACAGCAGAGGCUAGCUUCACAGCCGGACGUGAUGAAGCGGCAAACAACACAAUAGGACUGUAUGGACAGCAGGAGAAGGUAUUCUCGGGCAAAGAAGGCAUGGGUGUCAACAGUGGUUUGAUGGUAGCAGCAGUCCCUGUUGGAGAGGCUAUUGAGUCAUCUAAUUUUGCUAACGACAAUGGAGCACCACCCUCCGCUUCCAGCCCCUCUACCGCUGAACAGCCCCCGCCGGCUCAACGUUUGCAACUUUUGCCUCCUUUAUCACCGCGCCAAAUCACAGGACAGAUUUUCCUUUCUCAACAAGUCACAGAAAGCAACGGCACUGGUAGCAGGCGAAAACCUACUAAACAUGGCCAUGGUUAUUACAUGUUGUAUAACUUGCUUGCUGACGAUCCACUGGGGACAUCGUCCCAUGACCAGCAGCAGCCCGAGAGACCAUCACUGAUGGACCAGCAGCCACAGAUCGCCAAACCGGAUCAGGCCAAGAUACAGCCGCUAGGUCAGCAGCCGCCUCAGAUACAAAAUGUCCGACGCCUUAAACCACUUCGUCAUAUGUGUGGUCCCGGUCGACCGCAUCCAACCAUAAAACUAAGCCACUUACCCAAUAGGACAAGGGAUAGGAUUGCUACUAUGAACUCAACUGCGGAGGUGAAGGAUGGAACGAGCACCGCAGACAAGCCUAGUGAUAAGGACAACAAUAGCGUUAAACAACUGUUUGAAAUGGAGAAGCUAACCGCUGUUGGUACUGACUCUCAAGCUAACUCUGUGGAUAGCUUGCAAUUGGAAGGUCAGCCAUCCAGAGAAAUACGCAGGUUACGCGCACAAACUACGAUCCUCGAGGGGAGGUCGGCAAAGCUGUCCACAUUUCGGCUGAGGGGCGAUGCUUUUGCGGCCUCCGCACCAACAGAAACUGAUAAGCAGCUCCUGGCCCUGUAUCCUGGCAAGACAAUUCCCAUGUUUAUGAUGCACUACCGACAGCCAAUCUCCUGGCCCUUUCGACUUGUAACCCCACCGAUUCCCUUCAUGGCACGCUUUGAGUUCCUGUUUGAAGAUGGGAUUGGAGAUGGCCCUGCGCAAGCUGGCCGCGAGACGAAGUUGGGUCUUUCUUUCGGUAUCCUGAACUUCAUGCACAAAGCAUUGUGCGCCUUUGCUUUCGGAGCCUUGGGCCAGCGGAGGCGAAGUGUACUUCAGUUAGUGUUCCUUUGCUUGCCCCAGCUUGCCAUCCUGGUUUACCUGGCGACUUUGAAGCCGUUCUAUGAAUGGCAGAGACAGGUCAUGGAGCUGGUAUGCCAUGCCCUGGAAUUACUUUUGUUUGUGUGUGCAUUUGGGCUGCUGAACUCCACACCUGACAACGGGGCAGCAACAAUCUAUUUCAUGAUUGCAUGCUUUCUACUCACUGCUCUUACGGUCAUCACCUACCAGACAUGGCAAAUGAUAAGCAUCCUUAAGGAAGCAUGGACCCUGCUUCAGAACUUGGUUGCGAAUAAGGAGUGGGCCCAGCGGAUUCAGUGUUUGAGGUGCCUGUUUUUGAAAAAGCAACAGAUGGAAGACCAAGACAACCAACCAAGCACAAAUAGCAGGGUGCACACCCGAGAUCUCCAAUAA